AUGGUUGUGCUUCCUGUUACUCUUAAGGGAGCUAACUAUCUACUGUGGGCAAGGCUUGGUAAAAAUGCUCUUGGAGGCAGAGGACUCUGGGAAGUAGUUGAACAAGGCAAGAACCCAAAGAAAACCACCCUAGGAGAGGAUGGUAAAGAAGUUGUGGUCAUUGAAGCUGGCGACAAGAAGAAAGGUCAGGAGGACCUCAUGGUGCUGUCUAUUCUCAUGUCCAGCCUUGAAGCCUCACUCCAACAAGCUUAUGCUUACUGUGAAACGUCCAAGGAGUUAUGGGAUACACUUAAGAAGGUUCAAGAGGACGCUGCCUUUGAUAAACAUUUUGGGAAGUUUAGAUACUUGUGGGCGGAGCUGGGGAUGCUUAGGCCAGGAACAGUUGAUCGAGAUGUGUUGAAUGAAAGGAGAGAACAAGACAAGGUCUUUGCACUACUCUUCACUCUCAACCCUGGAUACACUGAUUUAAUCAAGCACAUUCUAAGAGGAAAGGAACUUCCAUCUCUUGAAGAAGUAUGUGCUCAGAUACAAAAGGAGCAAGGAUCAGUGGGCCUCUUUGGAGGCAAGCGAGACUUAGUUCUAGCAAACCAAGCUGAAGGAGUUGCAAACAAAGGCACUUACAAGGCUGAAGAAAACAAGGUGUGGAUCUGUGAUCAUUGCAAGAAGAGAGGUCAUGGGAAAGACAAGUGCUGGAUACUUUAUCCCCAUCUUAAGCCACAGAAGUUCAGGUCAUCUUACAAUGAGGCAAGAGCCAACUUCUCUGGUGAUGUAGGCGAGCCAUCUACUUCAAGAACCAUCCUCUCAGCCAAUGAGGGUGGUGAAGGAAAAGCCUUGGCGUCCAGUAGCAGUACUGCCAUGAGAAACAAUCAAGAUGAAGCCAUCAGACGUUCUGACAUUGAGGCUCUCAUCAAGAUCCUUAAGGACAACUCUGGUAACACUCUUGGUACUCCUUUACAUGCUACAACUAGUGGUAUCUCCCUGAAUGCUUUAACCGGAAAUCAAUUGAUUAAACCAUUAGUUGUAGAUUCAGGAGCUAGCCAUCAUAUGAUAAGUGAUCUUAACUUGAUUAAAAAAACUGUCCCUGUUCUAGGAAAUGUUAUGAUAGUCAAUGGUGAAAGAGUACCAAUUAAAGGAAUAGGUGAUCUUAGGUUAUUUGACAAAGAUUCAAAAGCUUUCUAUAUGCUUAGUUUCACCUCAAACUUGUUAUCAGUUAAAAGGGCUACUAAUGACUUGAAUUGCAGUGUUACUUUCACUCCUAACAAUGUGUACUUUCAGGAUAUUGAGGGUAGUAGGUUGCUUGGCAAAGGUGUUACCAAGGGAGACUUGUACUUGCUUGAAGACACCAAGCUCUCAACCGAUUUAUCUUAUGCCUUAAACUCCAUUUCUGGUUUACCUAAAGAUGAGAAAGAAGAGAUAAGCUGGCGGCUAAGAGCACCAAGGCAGUCUUCAUUGGAUAUUCUCCACACCAAACGGGCUAUAAAUGCUAUGUACAAGAGAUUAGGAGAGUCUUAA